UAGAAGAGAAUGUUAGCUCACUUGCACAAAUACCUGAUUCAUGCUUUUAUCAGUUGAUGAGUGCUCGUAUAGCAGAUAAAAAAGAAUAAUCUCACCACUUACGUCUCAUUACCUCAUCGAAUUCCAUAGAGAGGUACAGUAUUGUGAUAGUUAUUAGUAAGUGUAUCAUGUUUUAACAGAGUUUAUAAAAUAAAUCCAAGAUCUACAGUUUACUAUGACGUUUACUCAGUGUUUUUCAUAUUGUAAAGUUCUAUUGAAGUGAUAAUGUCGUUGACGGCUCUACCGGUGGAAGUGCUAGAAAAUAUAUUAAAGUUCCUCAGUGAAGAAGAGACAGUAAACGUUUGGAAAGUCGUAGGUAAGGAUGUCAGCGAAAGCUUCUGGGCUAGAAUGUGCAGAAGGAAAGGAUACGUUAGAGUGGAAGGUGUAGAUGACAGCUGGAGAAGUGUCAUCCAGUGCAGUUUGAACUGGAGAUCUGGGAAAUUCCUGUACCGUGAAUACACUUUAGAGGGUAAUUUGAGACACCUAUCCCAAUACCCAAGGGCACUUAUUUUCAAACAUGAGCUACAUUGUGGAAAUAUAAUAUCACUAGAUUUCCUUAGUGACAGACUGGGAAUAUUCAAUAUUGAUAAUAAUUAUAGCCAGAUCGAUCCCUAUCAAAUAAUGAAGGAUGUUAAACAUUUUGAGACGUCUGGAUCCAAAUUGCUAGUAAGUUUUAUGUCCAAACACAAGAUUUACACGUUGAGACACAGUCAGUACGUCGAGAUUUACCAAACAAACUUCAAUCCAAAUUUACCAUCACAACCCACUCUCUCUAAUGAUUUCUUCGCUUUUGAAGAUCACAGGCCAGGAAGUAUCAGGAUUGUGGACUUGACCAAACUCGAGGAAUUUCAGUGUACUGUACUGCAGGAUAGAACAAUCACCUCAAUGUCCAUUUGUGGAUCAAUACUAAACAUUAGUUAUGCUUUGGAGUCAAACUUUUAUUUACAAAGGUACAGUAUCCGUGAUAGAAGAAUCACCAAUAGCUUAUUUUUAUCUAAGGGUACAGAUAUUUUAUUUUCCGAACUUAACCUUUUUAUCAGUUCCUAUCUUGUGGUCCACAGGAACAUUAAUGAUCUGAAAAUGUCUGUAAGAAAUACCGAUGGAGAAUAUUUAUCAUCGUUCUAUUACGAUUGUUGGAUGGCCGUUCUAGAAGAAUAUGUAAUUUACAGCGUCCACAACAAGAUAUACAUUUGGACAGCUAAGAAACCCAAUGAUGGUCCCAAAGAGUUGUUAGUUGACGAAGAUUGGAUACAAAUGGAGACCAAAAUAUUAUUUAAUUCGUUUUUAAUCCUUCCAUUCCCGAAAUGCUUCAAGGUGAUUGACAUUCAGAAGGCUACAUAUCUGUAUGAUGUCAAGUUAGAAACAUCAUCCUUGGGAACAAUGUUUCCAAUGACGGGUUCAGCACAGUUUUGCAGUGAAGAGUUUAACGCCGAGCUGUGCGGCUGUAGUGAUGAGCUUUGACAAAAGCAGAUCGCAGCGGAAGUUGCCAUUCCACGAAGCUCUGUGGCAGCUGGUAUUGUGUUUCUGCCAGGACAUAAAUCAAAGCGUGGCUUCCAGCAACUGCCUGGGGUGCGUUCACUGAACGGUACCGGUAACAUUGUUCUCGUAUGUGGAACAAAUACUGUACAGUACUUGUACACUGUGGAUACAUUCUAACAAUAUUUACUCAUUAUUGUAUUAAUAAAAAAAUAUAACUAAUUAACUGCUACCAUGCAUAGUAUUCUUGGCGACUGAUAUUGAAGACUGUUCUUUAGUAUGUGAUUCUCUUUAUAAGUUUUAAGUGGUACCUGAAAAUACAUGUGCUACAAAACCUGAUUUUUAAAUUUUAUAAAAUUUUAAACUUAUUUAUUUAACAUGUUAAUAUCACAAUAAAGUACCUACUCCUUAAAAAAUUCUGCAACUUUGAAAAUCCAUAACUCCUAUUAAGCCAAUAAAAAAAUACAGAAUAGGUACAAACGUUCUUCUUUUAAGUAUGUAGUUUCAAAGUUUUUGAAUUAGUUGUUUCAUGAGUUGCUACCACCAAAUGACUUAAAUUUUAUUCAGCUCAUUCUAAGAAACUCAUUCUAACCGUUAUCACGCCAGCCGCGGUAAAUGAGCAAAAUCUUUACAAUUAAACCGCUUUAAAGAUAAAAGUAUUAAUUUUUUGUUUGCAAAAUUGCCAUGCCCAAGACAAUGACUUGAGCUCUAAAACGUGGUAAUGCUGAAUGUUUUAAACCGACCGAUUGAGAAUUCGAGCUGUGAACCAUUUUACUACUAUUAAACUCGUUUAAUACUAUUUAAUCUUAAAAAUGUAUGAUUAAAUUGAAACCCGUAUGAUAAAUGUGGUCGUAAAUAUUUACCUUCGUAUUGAGAAAGCUACAGACUAAUUACUUUAUUAUUAUUAGAAAGAGAAAAUUAGUACAUGCAGUUUGAGAAAAGAAAAAGUUCCGGGAUUGAUAUUUUUUCAAAUUGUAAAUAAAAAUAUAACUUUUACCUGAGUUGUGUUGAUGUAAUAUUAUUGCUGAUCAAACACAGAUAAACGAACGUUUACGUUUUUGUUUCGUACUAAUCGAGCAGCAAAAAACAAACCGGCCCCUCACUCACUUUAGUUUGAUGAUACUUUUUGACACUAUUUUCUUCACCAAUGCUAUCUAUAAUGUUACGGCUGAAAUCCACCCAAUUACAAGGCGUCUAUCGCAAUUUCGUAUAAAAUAGCUUUAACCUUAGGGCUCUACCCCUUGUCUUAUAUACAUAACGAUGUGAUAUCGACAUCCAAAGUAAAAAUUUAUUACGUAGGAAGUCCAUUAUAAUUUUUAUUAAAACCCAUCCAAUCACUAUGUGUAUAUAGUAGUUCUGGAAAAAUGAGUAUAUGACCCUUGAGGCUUCGCCCUCUAGCUCUAUUUGGGCCAACAAAGAGCUUGACCUCGGCAUUCACUUGUAGAACGUUAAUGUAAGGUUUAAGUAGGUGUAUCAAGAAUUCGAACGUAACCAUGGUGAUUAAUAGAGGAAGAAUGUUUAUAUUAACCCACUGCAAUAAGUAGAUUAGGAAUUUCUAUAAAAUGUUAGGCCUUCUGUCUUUGCUAUAAAAAACCAAGUAAUGAAAUUAUCUAAUUAUCAAUCAGCAUUGAAUUCCCUUUGAAAAGACAUGUUACAUAAGCACAUUUACCUAAUUUAA